AUGGGCCCCUAUACCGCCUCCUCAUGCUGCUGCCAGGCCUGUAAUCUGCCAUGGGCCCCCCUACCGACUCCUCAUGCUGCUGCCAGGCCCGUAAUCUGCCAUGGGCCCCUGUACCGCCUCCUCAUGCUGCUGCCAGGUCCAGAAGUGUGUCAUGGUCCCUGUACGGCCUCCCAUUGCUGCUGUCUCUAUCGCCACACUCUGCCAUGUGCCACUUUUCAGGUCUCCUCACACUGCUGGUGGUUUCCAUUUUUGUCAUAGGGUGCUGCAUGGCCUCCCAUUGCUGCUGCCUCCACCGCCACACUGUGGCUCCACACUCUGGUUUUUGGCCCCGUGACUGGCCAAAUGAGUGAAGUGUGCAGUGAUUUCUAAGAUCGACGGCACUCAUCUGCAUGUCAUACUGCCUGACAGUAUAUUUUCUCUUCCCCAGCAGACUCCAAGGGCAUUUAAAUUAAAGGUACAGUGUUCAGCACUAAUAUUA